AAUCCACGGCCCAGACAGACAGACAGCUGCACUUGAAUCUGUUUGCAUAACUUUACAAUGUUAUGCACUGUAACUUCUAGAAAAUCCUGGCGACACAGCCCGCCAGUGCAUGUACAGUGCUUUCAAAUCCAGUUAGUUUAGCCAGCGAUGAGGGCGUGAGGAAAAAGUUCCUUGUCCAGUCCAGCAGACUUCAUAUCCACAGUGAGACAGAUUGGAGGAUGAGGAAGGUUCUCCAGACCUAAGGCCCAAUUCUGAUGUCUCUUAAGUUCACUGUGUCUGGAUUCCAGUGCAGAGCCAGACUGGGAUAGGGGAGACAUUGACAGUGCAGGGGAGCCUGGAGCCUGGAGCCUUGGAAACUGUGACGAAGGUUCGACUUCAUCGGCAGCGUGAGGGAGAGCCACGCUUUCAAGCAGGAGAAAUCCUAUUUACUUUGGCUUUGGGAUAGAAAGUGAUGCUGUCAAUGCAGACAAUGAGGGGACCCGGGAGCAGUGCUGAGGUGGGACUUGCUGGCUGAGAUAACCUGUCACCAGCCUCUCGCCUCCCAGCUGCACAAAUGCCUCCAUAUUUACCCAGCAGGAAGCUGAUCCUCAUUCCUCCCCCACCAACGGCGCUUGCUGACACCAUCAUGGCGCGUCGGACCCCUCUCUCUGCACUCUGCUGCUUCCUUCUCCCCUGGGCGUUCACCAUCCUUCACCAAGCCCUGGGGAACUCGGCCCCCCAUCCGGGUCCCCACUACCUCCUGCCCCCCAUCCACGAGGUCAUUCACUCUCGUCGUGGGGCCACGGCCACACUGCCCUGCGUCCUGGGCACCUCGCCUCCCAGCUACAAGGUACGCUGGAGCAAAGUGGAGCCCGGGGAGCUCCGGGAAACGCUAAUCCUCAUCACCAACGGACUGCACGCCCGGGGCUAUGGGCCCCUGGGAGGGCGCGCCAGCAUGCGGAGGGGGCAUCGGCUGGACGCCACCCUGGUCAUCAAGAACGUGCGCCUGGAGGACGAGGGCCGGUACCGCUGCGAGCUCAUCAAUGGCAUCGAGGACGAGAGCGUGGCGCUGACCCUGCGCCUGGAGGGUGUGGUGUUUCCGUACCAACCCAGCCGCGGCCGCUACCAGUUCAAUUACUUCGAGGCAAAGCAGGCGUGCGAGGAGCAGGACGGACGCCUAGCCACUUACAGCCAACUGUACCAGGCGUGGACCGAGGGGCUGGACUGGUGCAACGCCGGCUGGCUGCUCGAGGGCUCGGUGCGCUACCCGGUGCUCAACGCGCGCGCCCCGUGUGGCGGUCAAGGGCGGCCAGGCAUCCGCAGCUACGGGCCCCGCGACCGCAGCCGCGACCGCUACGACGCCUUCUGCUUCACCUCGGCGCUGGCAGGCCAGGUGUUCUUCGUGCCCGGGCGGCUGACGCUGUCUGAAGCCCAUGCGGCUUGCCGGCGGCGCGGAGCUGUAGUAGCCAAGGUCGGGCACCUCUACGCCGCCUGGAAGUUCUCGGGGCUGGAUCGCUGCGACGGAGGCUGGCUGGCGGACGGCAGCGUUCGCUUCCCCAUCACCACGCCGCGGCCGCGCUGCGGGGGUCUCCCUGACCCCGGGGUGCGCAGCUUCGGCUUCCCCCGGCCCCAGCAGGCGGCCUACGGGACCUACUGCUACGCUGAGUAGGAGCGCACUGUCCUGCCGCGCGCGCGCGCGACGGAGUGGCGGGUCUCUCUCGGCAGACGAGGACUGAGCCCCACCACCUGCCUGCCCAACCCAGCUCAGCUCACCGGGCUCCCGGGCAGAGGGGCGUCCCGGGCAUUAACUGACCAAUAAAAUAACAUGGCACCUUC